GCCCGCACUGGGGGGCAGGGGCGUCUUCCUGCCCCCACGUGAACUUGGAGUGGAUUCUGCCCACCGAGGCGUUCCCCCGGGCCCAUCUGCCCCCCGCUGGGUCUCCCCGGCCUCUGGGUCCCGCUUGGCUAAGCCUCGCUCACCCCGGGCCUCACUUUUCCUCAUCUGGUGAAUGGGCACUGGCCCGGCGCAGGCUCCCGGGAGCAAUGGAACUGGCUCUGAGCCAGGUCCUCCCCGUCGGGGCCUGGGGACGCUGCUGGCUCAGAGGCCAGCCCUGAAAGUUUCUGACUUCAGCAGGCAGCCCCAACAGGGAGAGAAGCAGAGGAGAGAGGGGGGAUCAGGCCUGGGAUGGGGGACGCUCCAGGUAGAGGGGGAGCCCAGAGGAGGCAGCCGAACAAGCGCGGACGGUCUGAGAAGCAUGAGCUGAAACCAGAAGGCCCCACCGGCAUGGGCAGCCUCGCCUACCGAGAAGACUUCGAGGAGGAGAGGGACCCAGGUGCGGCAUUCACCUGGGAGGUGAAAGCCAACAGCAGGACCUACAACAGCCAGUUCAAGAAGAACAGCUUCCUGUGCUGGCAGAGGCAGAAGUAUAAGAGCAAUGUCAUCUACACUGCCAAGUACAAUGUCUUCUCCUUCUUGCCCCUGAACCUGUAUGAGCAGUUCUGCCGCAUCUCCAACCUCUACUUCCUUUUUAUCAUCAUUCUCCAGGGUUUCCCCGAGAUCUCCACGCUGCCCUGGUUCACUCUCUUUGCCCCGCUUAUGUGCCUCCUCAUCAUCCGGGCCACCCGAGACCUGGUGGAUGACAUCGGGCGACACAGAAGUGACAGGAUCGUCAACAACAGGCCGUGCCAGAUCCUGGUGGGGAGGAGGUUCCUGUGGAAGAAAUGGGCGAACCUGCGUGUGGGAGACGUGGUGUGUCUGCACAGAGACAACAUCGUCCCGGCCGACCUGCUCUUGCUGGCCAGCACGGAGCCCAGCAGUCUGUGCUACGUGGAGACCACAGACAUUGACGGGGAGACCAACUUGAAGUUCAGGCGGGCCCCGCUGGUCACCCACCUCCAGCUGACCAAUAUAAGGAACAUGGCUUCCUUCCAAGGCAAGGUGGUGUGCGAGGAGCCCAACAGCCGGAUGCACCACUUUGUGGGGUGCUUGGAGUGGGACGGCAGGAAGCACCCCCUGGACAGCGGCAAUGUGCUUCUGCGCGGCUGCAGGGUCCGGGACACGGACACCUGCUACGGGAUGGUCAUCUAUGCCGGUACGGCCACCGGGCUGUGCGGGGGGCGGUGGGGGCUCCGCAGCCACGGGCAGGAGGUGGAGGCCAGGCCCCGUGGAGCCAGCACCCUCGUUGCGGCUGAAGACGGGAGUGUUGUGUGCCGGUGGACGGACAUCUUCGUGUCCCUGGUGCUGAUCUCCAUGGCACUGAGCUUCGGCUUCUGGUUCAAGGUGAAGGAGUUCAAGGCCAAGCACCACUACGUGUCCUCCAAGCACCUGUACAGCGCGGCCACCGAGACCUUCCUCAUCUUCUGGGGCUUCCUCGUCCUGCUGAGCACCAUGGUGCCCAUGGCCAUGUUCAUCAUGGUCGAAUUCAUCUACCUGGGGAACAGCAUCUUCAUCAACUGGGAUGUGCAGAUGUACUAUGCACUGCAGGACGAGCCUGCCAAGGCGCGCAGCACCAGCCUCAACGACCAGCUGGGCCAGGUGGAGUACAUCUUCUCGGACAAGACCGGCACCCUCACCCAGAACAUCAUGACCUUCAAGAAAUGCUGCAUCGGGGGUGUCAUCUACGGCCCGGAUGAAGAGGAGGAGGCCCCACAUAAGGAGAACCCCUACCUCUGGAACAAAUUUGCCGACGGGAAGUUUCUUUACCGCAACGCGAAGCUCAUGCGCGCUGUCCGGGACGGUGAGGACGAGAUGGUGCAGGAGUUUUGGCGCCUCCUGGCCGUCUGCCACACCGUGAUGGUGCAGGAGAAGGACAACCAGCUGGUGUACCAGGCUGCAUCCCCCGAUGAGGAGGCGCUGGUCACGGCGGCCCGGAAUUUUGGCUACGUGUUCCUGGCACGCACACAGGACAGCAUCACAGUCAUGGAGCUGGGGGAGGAACGGGUGUACCAGGUCUUGGCCAUGAUGGACUUCAACAGCAUACGCAAGCGCAUGUCAGUGCUGGUCCGCAACCCCGAGGGCUCCAUCUACCUCUACACCAAGGGCGCCGACGUGGUCAUCUUUGAACGCUUGCACAAGAAAGGCAUGAAAGAGUGGACCACAGAGGAGGCCUUGGCUUGCUUUGCUCAGCAGACCCUGCGGACCCUGUGCCUGGCCUACAAGGAGGUGGAUGAGGGUGUGUACCAGGAGUGGUGUCAGCGGCACCAGGAGGCCAGCAUCCUGCUGCAGAACCGGGCCCACGCCCUGCAUCAGGUGUACGAGGAGAUGGAGCAGGGCCUCCAGCUGCUGGGAGCCACGGCCAUUGAGGACAGACUCCAGGAGGGCGUCUGCGACACGAUCAAGUGUCUCAAGCAGGGGAGGAUCAAAGUGUGGGUACUCACAGGGGAUAAGCAAGAGACAGCGGUGAACAUCGGUUUUGCGUGCCAUCUGCUUUCGGAGAGCAUGCUCAUUCUGGAGGAGAAGGAUAUCGUUCGCAUCCUGGAAGCCUACUGGGAGACCAACAACAACGAGCCGGGUGGCAAGGGCCGUCGGAAGAAGCGGUUCCUGCCGCAGGUCAAGAUGGCCAUGGUCAUUAGCGGGGAGUUCCUGGACCAGCUGCUGCUGUCCCUGCGCAAGGAGCCCCGGGCGCUGGUCCACAAGGCGAACAUGGACGGGGGCGAGUCCUGGCAGGAGCCCGACGAGCAGAAGACGGACUUCCUGCGGGCGCGGCGCAUAUCCCUGAUGUGGCGGACGCUCGGCAUCCAGCUGAGGGGCACGGGCUUGGCGCCGCAGGUCACGGACUCCCACACCAGCGAGAGCCCCGAGGUGCGGCGGGAGCGGGCCUUCGUGGAGCUGGCCUCCCGGUGCCAAGCGGUCAUCUGCUGCCGGGUGACGCCCAAGCAGAAGGCUUUGAUCGUGGCGCUGGUUAAGAAAUACCAGCGCGUGGUGACCCUGGCCAUCGGGGACGGCGCCAACGACAUCAACAUGAUCAAGACUGCGGACAUCGGCGUGGGGCUGGCGGGUCAGGAGGGCAUGCAGGCGGUGCAGAACAGCGACUACGUGCUGGCCCAGUUCUGCUUCCUGAAGCGGCUGCUGCUGGUGCACGGGCGCUGGUCCUACAUGCGCGUCUGCAAGUUCCUGCGCUACUUCAUCUACAAGUCGGUGGCCUGCAUGAUGGUCCAGAUCUGGUUCGCCUUCUACAGCGGCUUCUCCGCCCAGCCUCUGUAUGAAGGCUGGUUCCUGGGCUUCUUCAACCUGCUCUACAGCACACUCCCCGUUCUGUACAUCGGUCUCUUUGAGCAGGACGUGAGUGCCGAGCGGAGCCUGGAGCUGCCCGAGCUGUAUGUCGCAGGCCAGAAGGACGAGCUCUUUAACUACUGGGUCUUUCUCCAGGCCCUCGCCCACGGCACGGUCACCUCCCUGGUCAACUUCUUCGUGACCCUGUGGGUCAGCCACGACUCGGCUGGGCCUGUCAGCUUCAGCGACUAUCAGUCUUUCGCUGUGGUUGUGGCCAUGUCGGGCCUGCUGUCCAUCACCAUGGAGGUCAUACUCACCAUCAGGUACUGGACGGUCCUGUCUGUGCUGGCCGUUUUCCUCAGUCUCUGCUUCUACAUGGUUGCAACUUGGGCCAGCCAGAGUUUCUGGCUCUUCCAAAUCUCACCCAAGACCUUCCCAUUUCUGUAUGUUGACUGCAACGUUCUGUCACACCCCUCCAUCCUGCUGGUCGUGCUGCUGAAUGUGUCACUAAACACCCUGCCCACACUGGCUCUGCGUGUCAUUUGCCAAGCGCUCAAGAAGGCAGGCCCCAAGGAGGUGGAGGAGGCCCCAAGUGAGGGGAUCAUCACGGUGGAGCCCGGGCGUUACCUGCCCCGGGGGUCGCGCGGCCGGCGCUCCAGCUAUGCCUUCUCCCACCGCGAGGGCUACGCGGAACUCAUCACUCAGGGCACCAUUCUGCGGAAGGCACCGGGGGUCAACAGCGACAUGCUGGUUGACCGCACAAUCCCAUCCGAAGAAGAGCUGUCCCCAGGCAUGAAGGAGUCAUUCCGGUUCUCCAGGAAGAUGUCCCUGCUGGGGAAGAAGAGGCACCAGCACCAGGGCAAGGUGUCCUCGGAGGAGAUGUCGCCGGCCUGCGCGGUGAGCUCGACGGCCACGGCGGGCAGCCUGUGCUCCCAGGAGUCGCUGCCGAGGAAGCAGGAAAGCGAGCCGCUGCCUUCGGGGAGCGCGGCGCAGCCCUGGGGCCAGCCGUCUGGGCAGAGCCAGCCGGCGCCGCUGGAGGAGAAGCGGUCCGCGUGGAGGUCCCCUCUCCGUUCCUGGAAGAGCCGGCCCUACAGUCGGCAGAAGUUGCAGCCGCCCAGGGAGGGCACGGCGCCGCUGCGCAGCCAGACCCUCCCCGCCGUGGGGCCGACCGCACCCCCACCCACGGGAGAGCCCUCCGCGGACGGGCCCUCCCGCCCGGGGAGGAGGCUGUCGUCCCUGUAGGGGCUGCCGGUGCCCCGGGGCCGUGCACCUGCUCGCCCGGGGCCGCCCCCGGAAGACGAGGCUCGGUGUCCUUUUCUUUUGCGAAUAAACCAGGGUCCACCUUC